UGACCAGGCCCACCUGUGAAUGACUGCAAGGAGGAAGAGGAGGCUGACCAGAACCCGGACAUGUUUGACUUUGCUCUCUCCCGUUUUAGUAUAAAAGAAGCCUGAAUGCCAACGCAGGCAGCUGGUUCCUUGGGGUCAGGAGUCCACCAUCUUCUCGGUUUGCUGUCUCUCCAGGUAAGUCGUUACUCCUUGCCCCAACCAGUCAUCUCUCGGAUUCACUGGCCUGUCCUGCAGCGCGCAGCAGGAGCUUGGACUCGGGCCCUUCCCCCAGAAACACCCCUCCCACUUGCAGCUUCUACUGGUCAGCCCUUUCCUCGGAGCCCCCGGCCCUGCCGGAGACCAGGUUCCGGCCCCACCUGCCAGGCCCCUGGCCGGCCGCCCCGCCCCCUCCCCCGUCCCCGCCCCCGCCCCGCCCCGCCCCGCCCCACCCCGCCCCCGCCGCGGCCAGCUUCCAUACCCGGCCCCGCACGCCGCGCUCGCGCUCGCUGUCACCGGGGGCCCGUCGGUCGCGGCUCCUCCGUGCGGCCCGUUUCCGGUGGGGCAAGGGCGUCUCCGCGGCGGCCCGGCUCCCGCGCGUUCAGCACCGCCGUCGGUGGCCAGAUGCAGGCGGAGCUCGGAGCUCGGGGCGGUCGAGGACGCCGACCCGGCCGCGGCUGGCCUAGCGGGAAUGGCGACCGCGAGCGGGCCGGCGCCCCGGCGGCGGUGGCGAGAGGCGGCGGCGGCGGGGAUAGAGGCGGCCGCCGGGGCCGCGGCAGGGGCUCCUGGGGCAGCCGAGGAGGAGGAGGAGGAGGAGGUCCGCGAGGCGGCCGCCGAGAGGCAGGAGGCAGGAGGCCGGGGCGCCGGGCCCAGUGCGCCGGCUCAAAGAUUUGGAAAGAGAUAGCUAACAGAAAAGCAGCUGAAGUCUCAUCUAGCCCCAGGAUUAGAAGGCAAACUACCAGGCAGACCACCAUCACAUCUCAUUUCACAAGGAGGCCUGCCAAACGGAAACCUGAGGAAGACCCUGAAAAAGCAAAAUCGGAUGAUUCUGUCGAUGAAGAAGAAAAAGACCAGGUGUGACAGCCAAAAUCACCUUCAGACUUCCCCAGAUGUCCCCUGGGGGGCACAGUUGCACUCAGUGAGAAGCAGUGGACUCAAGGCUACCAAUAUCUUUGAGGUAGACUUGACGUCCUGUUGUGAAAGACAUACUCAUUCUCCUGUUUUUAUUUUGGAAAUUAGAUGCCACUGUUCAUGAUCGUUAUUCAGAUGUCUGUAAUUAAGCUUCGUCAGACUACCCACUCACAGGUGGGACACUGAGACAGAGGGAAACAGCUUGUCCAAGUCACAUGGCCACAUCCCUUGCCUCCUAAGAAAACGUGUCCCAAGUGAAAGCAAGCUGGCUCUUGUAAUAUUGACAAGUCUUUUUCUUUAAACAAAUGUGCCAGUUUUAGAGUUGUUCUUUGCCCUCUAACCUUUUGGAGGGCUUACAUAGCCUUCAAGCUUCUAAAGAAACGAACUGGGGCACUCUUUCCCAAGCAGGAAGCAGUUUCACUGGCAGUGUGUGAGAGGCCUUGGGGACUUGGAGGAUGAACACUUGUCGAAACAGGGUGUAUCCCGAUAUGCUAGAGUAAGGCUCAGUGCACCACACCGGUGUUAUCAGGUGGUGUUGGUCAAAUAAGUAGUACUACAGAGAGAAUCUUACUUUAGUCAAUUUCAAGUUUUGAGCUCUCACUAUGUUUUUUAAAACAGGUAUUAAAUACAUGCAUUUGGUAAAACAGUACAAAAGGCUGUUUGGUACAGAGCAGCCGAAGAAAAACAAUGUGGCUAUUCCGUGCUGAGCUAUGCUGUGAGCAUUAUCAAAUAAAUACUGGAUUCUGAGGCCUUUGUUCAGGAACAAAAAAGAAUAUAAAAUAUCUCAUUACCACAACUAAGGAGCUGGCCUGUGGCAACUAAGACCCGGCACAAUUAUCUAACUAACUAACUGACUAUUUCUUAAAAUCUCAUUGAUAGGUAUUU